CCGGAAAAGGAAACCACUUUUAAAAGAAAUGGCUUCAUAAGCCCCCCUCAGUGCUGUCCUCUGUGGUCCAAUGAGUCUGACCUGUCCUCUAGCUCCAACAUAGUCCUCUGGUGUCGGUCCUGGUUGACGUUGAGUUGUCUCCUUUUACUGACCAACAGCAGAAACACCAGCUCCUCUUCUGUUUACUCAGGAUGAAACGAGGUCUACCAGGCAAUGAACAGGAGGACGGAGGUGGCACCAGCAGUGGAUCUCGGGAGACUCUUAAACGAUCCCGCAAGCAGAGGAGGGAGAAAGAUUUGGAGGAGGAGGGAGCCCGUUGGGGGUGUCUGCCUCAGGAGAUCCUGCUUCACAUCUUCCAGUACCUGCCUCUGCUGGAUCGGGCGUACGCUUCUCAGGUGUGUCGGGGCUGGAACCAGGCCUUUCACAUGCCAGAGCUGUGGCGAUGCUUUGAGUUCGAGUUGAACCAGCCAGCCAGCUCCUACCUGAAGGCAACGCACCCAGAACUCAUCAAACAGAUCAUCAAAAGGCACUCCAACCACCUGCAGUAUGUCAGCUUCAAGGUGGACAGCAGCAGAGAGUCUGCAGAGGCAGCGUGCGACAUCCUCUCACAGCUCGUGCAUUGUUCUUUGAAAACAUUGGGGCUCAUCUCCACAGCCAGGCCCAGCUUCAUGGAGCUGCCCAAGUCUCACUUCCUCUCAGCGCUGACGGUGGUUUUUGUCAACUCCAAGUCCUUGUCCUCCCUGAAGAUCGAUGACACACCUGUAGAUGACCCCUCACUCAAAGUCCUGGUGGCCAAUAACAGCGACACCCUCAAACUGCUGAAAAUGAGCAGCUGCCCUCAUGUUUCACCUGCAGGCAUCCUGUGUGUGGCUGACCAGUGUCACGGCCUGAGAGAACUGGCACUCAACUACCAUUUGCUGAGUGAUGAACUUCUGAUUUCUCUCUCCUCGGAGAAGCACGUUCACCUCGAGCACCUUCGCAUCGACGUGGUUAGUGAGAAUCCAGGCCAACAGUUCCACACCAUCAAGAAGAGCAGCUGGGACGCCAUGGUGCGCCACUCCCCUAAAUUUAAUCUGGUCAUGUACUUCUUCCUCUAUGAGGAUGAGUUUGGCCCGUUCUUCCGCGAUGAAAUUCCUGCUACGCAUCUGUACUUCGGCCGCUCCGUCAGUAAAGACGUGCUGGGCCGCGUCGGGCUCACCUGCCCGCGUCUGGUGGAGCUGGUGGUGUGCGCCAACGGGCUGCGGCCGCUGGAUGAGGAGCUGAUCCGAAUCGCCCAACGCUGCACGCAGCUGUCGGCCAUCGGCUUGGGAGAGUGCGAAGUGUCCUGCAGCGCCUUUGUGGAGUUUGUCAAGAUGUGUGGAGACAGACUGACAGAGCUAUCCAUCAUGGAGGACGUACUGGUUCCAGAUCACCGCUAUGGGCUGGAUGAUAUCCACUGGGAGGUGUCAAAGCAUUUGGGUCGCGUCUGGUUCCCAGACAUGAUGCCUACCUGGUAGUUUUGUGAGUGUGUGUGUGUGUCGCUUGAGGAACUAUGUUUUUUGAAGACGCCCCUCGUCUUUCUCCUGUUUUUGAGAAAGGCCCUUUCCCAGGGACCGUAUGUAUGUGUCUGUGUUUUUCUCCCUGAAUACAUGAAGAAAUUGCAUCACUUUCAAUUUUGAUGUGAUGAAACAUAUAAUAUUGGAUUCAACUCUGCCAUGCCGCUCUAUUAUACAGUUUUUAUUUAUAUGUUUAUUUAUAUAUCUAAAUGUAUUUGUCUUGUUGUCACUCAUAGCAUCUGGCACCUUAUUCUCUGAGCCCUUUCUUAAAGGCUAACACGGUGUGAUUGGCUUUCCAUGGUAAUUAACAGGAAUGUCUGGGAUUUACUGGGAAUGAAUGGGAGUUUGUGUGGGUUAUUUUAUGUACACAGUCUUUACUGCACUAUAUGCAGGCAGAUACAUAAACAUUUUGUCAUAUCAUAGGUGGCCGUAAGUACAAAUCAUUCUAAUAGAAAUCAAAAAUUGUAUGUUUUAUUUCAGUAAAGUAACUUUACAUAGAGAUUCGCUCAACAGAUCUUCAUCACCACACUGAAAGCAAAAUGUGUUUGAGACCAGGCAAUGUGGUAGUUAAGAAAACAAGUUUCUAUCAGAAAAAACAUUGUCUGGUCUACAACAAGGACAGUUUUUACAGCUUAAAUUGAUGAUCCUUUAUAUGUUGAGCUAAGUCAUAUUUAUCUGUUGCAUUAAAAACAAGUGCCACAUCAUCCAGACACCAGUGGUUAUGUAUAAUUGAUAUUAAAACCAUGAUCUUAAUGAGGUAAUUGUGCAGCCCUGAAGACAGGACAGGGUGACAGCUGAAUGUUGAUGUAACUGAAUGUUGGCCUGAAUGUGUAAGAAUGAAAUAUUUAUGUCUCGUCUAGUGUUUUGAUGCAAUAGAGUGAAAGAAUAAUAGUUGGAUGUCUUAAGGUGGACUCAUUAAGGAUGUUGUUGUCUGUGGACACCAGUGGACUGUGCAAUGAAAGAAACCUGUAAAUCAUUAUGUUCAGUUAAAAAUGUUUUACAGGGUUGAUAUUCAUCCUUUUUUGUGUAUUUUGUUUGUAAAUGUCAAUGGAAAAAAAAUAAAUCACUUCUUCACAUUAAUAUUUCUUCAGUUGUUUCCCUUUAAGUGGGACCCUUCAUGUCUUAAUUUGAUGUCUCUGAAGGUCAGCAAGGCCUGACAACAGACUUUAUCCUUUACGGACAUACAGUACAUUUUGUUGUGUAUUUAUAAAGCCAUGCUCGUUGAUAUUAACUGCAUUUGUAUUCAGUGCUUAUAGAUAAUUAUUGUAAUAUUCAAGGAUAGGCCAAGUAAGGGCUGAAGUUUUUUAUAAUGUACAGUGACAGUGUGUUGUUUUUAUUUUAGCUAAACAAGAACUGAGACAAUUUAUUGGAAGGUAACCUCUUGUACUCUUCCCCAAAGACAUGUAAUAUUUGUCAUAGCCACACUAAAAAUGCCUGUUUAAAUACAUAUUCCAUGUCUGAACUAUUAAAAGAAACCGGAGGCUUUAA